CAUCUGUUUAAGUUCCUAUUUUGAGUUGCAGGAUCAUGCUGAUAAUUUUUUCAUGAAAAAUGAAUAUAACUCGCCUACAUUAAAACUUUUUACUGCUUUACUAAUUUAUCCAUGCUUUUGAACUGAAUUUCAAACAUGCAUAAUUAAAUUAUGGCUCCAUCUUACUGACAUUCUUCUGAUCUAUGAGGUACAGAGGUUGGAAAUGAGAUAUGACUAGGAGUGUCAAAACUUGAUAAAAUAUGUUGCUGGAGAAAAUGUGCUGUCGUUUUUUGGGCUCUACAAGGCAAUGUCUUGUAAGCAUCAAAAGUGCACCUAUAAAAACACAGUGUUUAAGGCAAUGCAGUUCAUUUUGUACAAUGAAGACAUUCAACAAGUUGCCCACAUUACUCAGAAGUAGAGUGACCAUUAUUUGUGAUAGGACAAUUUAUACAACAGGUCUGCGAUUAUCAGGAUCAGUUAGAUUCACUAAUCAGUCCAGCAGUGUAAGGAAAAAGAGAAGGCUGGGUUCACAGAGUGGAGUUGAAUUACAAGUCACAGCUUACCAGAUAUCAAAAGAGGACUUUGAUUUUGAGUUGUUGGAGAGUUUUUUAGAAAAACAAAAUCUGUACAAGGUCACAGAUCUACCACCAGAUAUGGUAGAUGUUAUGCAUUGUACACCUGUUUAUCCAGUGCAAGAGCACCAGAAAGAAAUAUUUUUCACAAAGCAGGGAUCUGUGGUUUUCUGGGAUGUGCCUGAAACAGAGAGACAUGAAGUUAUUCAGUUUGUGAAAGAACUAGAUCCAGAGAGUACAUUUGAUGAUAAAUUCAUUGAGGAUGAAUCAGAGAGCAUGAUGGUUACAUUAAGUGAUAAGGAAUCAAGUAUCCUGGACAGCAACACCAUAAACAUGAACAAGACUCUGUACAAUAAACAAAAGGGACAACUCCAGAAGUAUGCCUGCACUAAUGCUUUGAUGCAGUCAUUACACUUAUCGGCAAUGGAGAAGCAACUGGAAGAUUUUAUUGAUGAUACAGAACACUUAUCAAUGGACUUGAAGGCUGGCAACCCUAUUAGAAUCAAAGCAAGAGAAGUUCAGCAACAUCUAGGGAAAUUAUUUGAAUUUAGGAAGAAUUUGAACCUGUGCUCUGAUCUCUUAGAUACACCUGAUUUUUACUGGGACAGAGCAGAACUGGAAAAGCUGUACUUAGAUCUGUGUAAAAUAAUGCAGACCAAAUACAGAACAAAGGUGAUGAAUGAGAAGAUAAAUUACUGCUGUGAGUUGAUGGAGUUGUUAAAUAAUAAGUUUACUGAUGCUCGCCAUACCAAACUAGAAUGGAUGAUCAUUGUUCUCAUCAUGAUUGAGGUUGUGUUUGAGUGUUUCCACCUCUACAGGAAUGACUACGAUUGGUUUGUUGGGAAAGCAGAUCCUAAAGAGUCGGCAGAGAUGGGGGACAAUUAAUUCAUGCUAUUGCUUGCUGGACCAAGGAUAAUUAUCAACAUCAAUUUAAACUUUAAAAUCUCAGAUUGUGUAAAAAACAGAUAUGUGUACUUGUGUUACUGUCAUCAUUCACUGACAUGUCAUGAUGUGUAUCAUACAAUUAUGACAGUCAUGUUCUUGUUAUGAAAAUUCCAAGACAGUUCUUUUCUUCCAGGGCUAAUAUUUUUUUUUUAAACCUUGAAAAGGUUGUCACAUUGAACUAGUGUUCAUAUCCCAAAUUUAUUACAGAUACCGGUUUGCAAGCGAAUAAAUGAUAUUUGUUCUCAA